AUGGCGUCCCACGACCUCCGCGAUGUGCUCAACCUGCCCUCCGACCACGCGGCGGGGUUCCGACCCACCAAGAAGCAGAAGUUAUCGGCUCCGCGGUCCAGCCUGAAGGGGCUGGCCCGCGAAGUCCAAAGCCUCGGUGGCGACAACCCCAUCGCCAUCGUCCCCGAGGUGUCUGUGUUCAAGAAGCGUCGGCUUGCCAGCCGGAAGCCCCCGGCGAAAUGGGAGAUGCGCCAGUUCAAGAACUCGGCGCGGGGGGAUGAUGGUGGCCUGGUCUUGCGACACUGGAGACGGAAGGCCGAUGGAGAAGCACCGCCGACCGAGCACGGACAGCAGGAUGUGGAUAUGUCGACCCCGGAGGACGGCGCUGAUGGACGUGUGAAGAAGGAAGAAGUGACUGAAGACUCGUCGUUUGCGAAGUUCAACGUUCAAGUGGUUGUGCCCCAGUACAAUGAGGACCAGUACAGCACAAAUUUGGCCAACGACGACUGGACAAAGGAAGAGACCGACUACCUGCUCGAGCUAGCCAAAGUUUUCGAUCUGCGGUGGCCCAUUAUCUGGGAUCGUUACGAGUACGUUCCUAACGCGCCGAGCCAGGACGGGCAGGAAGAAUCCAGCACAGCAGUGAUCCCGGCGCCAAAACCGCGGACCAUGGAGGACCUCAAGGCGCGUUAUUAUGAAGUCGCGGCCAAGAUGAUGGCUGUCCAGAAGCCGGCCCAAUAUAUGACGCGGCCCGAGUUCGAGCUCUACGAGAUGAUGACAAACUUCAACCCGGCACAGGAGAAGGCGCGCAAGGACUUCGCUAUCAACUCGAUGGCGAGGUCCAAAGAUGAGGCCCGCGAGGAGGAGUCGCUCCUCCUCGAGAUCCGCCGCAUUCUCGCCCGGACGGAACGGUUCAACGAGGAGCGCCGCGAGCUGUACAACCGGCUCGACUACCCACACACCGAUCAGGACAUCAGCGCCUAUAAGAGCAGCGCCGGCCUGCAGACCCUUCUGCAGAACCUGAUGAGCAUCGACAAAUCCAAGAAGCGCAGGAGCCUCAUGGGCGGGCCCGACGGCGUGAGUCCCGCCUCCGCCGGCCCCAACGGCCAGGCCGGAACCGCGGCCGAGGCUAGCAACCGGCGAGAGAGCAUCGCCGCGCUGGGCUCGGCCCAGCGCGACUCCCAGCGCGGCACCCCCGCGACGCCGGCGGACGCGGUGAGCGGCACCGCGGGGGCGGGGGCCAACAAGAAGAAGGGCGCGGCGGCGCAGGUGGAGCGCCGCAAGCUGUCGGAGCAGGAGGAGCAGGUAUACGGGCUGACGUACCACGAGCGCCUGGGCUCCGGGCCGACGUUCCGCUACGAGAAGAUCAACAAGUUGUACAGCCACAAGUCGGGCCAGCAGCAGCUGCGCAUCACCAACGCGCUCGGCGAGCUCGACGUGCCGCCGCGCCUGGUCAUGCCGACGGCGGCGGUCACGUCGCAGUUCGAGGUCCUAUGGGCCGCCGUGACGGCGCUGGUGGACCUGAGGAAGGUGGGCGACAAGCUGGACGCGGAGAUCAAGCUCGAGGAGGCCAAGAAGGCCGAGAGGGACAAGGCAAACGGCGUGGUCGGCGGCAGCGCCGGAGCGGCCGGGACGGGCGGCGAGGGCGCGAGCGGCGAGAAGGGCGAGGCCAGCGGCGGAGAGGAUCGCACAGCGGCCAACAGCGAGAGGGCUUCCAGCCCGGCCGGCGCCGACACGGCGGUGAAGGCGGUAGCGGCGGCGGAGAAGCAGGGAGAGAAAGCCGCAGAUACCACCACUGCUGCUGCCCCGCAGGUGGCGGACGACGCCGCGAGCAAGCCCACCGCCGACGGGCAGGAUGGCUCCAGCGGCCGCGCAGCCGUCCAAGUUAAGGAAGAGGACGGCGAGGCGGUGCAGGAGAAGGAUAAGGAUAAGGAUAAGAACAAGGAGAAGAACCUCCGGCCGGGGAGCAGUGGCGCCCACAAGCGGAGCGCGAGUGUGCUUAGCACCACCAGUGAUAAGAGCACGAAGCGGCAGAAGAAGUGA